UAUUCAGCACUGAAAAGAGUAAGAAACUUCAAAAAUUCAGCUUUUACAUCCAUCUUUAAUGACUCUUAAGCCUAUUAAUUACCAUAAGAAAUAAAGAGGAUCUUGGAGAAUUAACACUUUAAUGAUAUUCUGCUUCAAAAAUGAAUCAAAGUGAUGCAACUACAAUGUCAACCACUUCUUUUAAUAUAACACCUGAAAAGAAAUGUGAACAUAACUUCAUGGAUAUGGAAUGCUUCAUGAUUCUGACAGAAGAACAAAGAAAAGUUAUUGCUGCAUUGUGUUUGACAGUGGGGCCUUUUACUAUUUUGGAGAACAUUUUAGUUUUAUGCAUCAUAUUCUUUACUCCACAACUACGAAAUCGACCUUCUUAUUUGUUUAUAACUAGCCUUGCAUCUGCUGACCUCUGUGCAAGCAUUAUUUUUGUGUACAGUUUUGUCGACUUCCAUGUUUUCAAUCAUAAGGAUGAAAAUUAUGUUUUCUUAUUUAAGCUUGGAUGUGUCAUUGCAUCUUUCUCAGCUUCUGUGGGCAGUUUGCUGCUCACUGCCAUUGACAGGUACAUAUGCAUUCAUAAGCCAUCUGAAUACAGGACGAUUUUAACGAGGCAAAAAGCAGUGACCUGCCUUCUGUUCAUGUGGUCAGUUGCUGUUUUUAUCGCUUUUCUUCCUUUGAUGGGAUGGAAUUGUGUUAAAUUACAAUGUAAAUGCUCUGAGCUAUUUCCUCGUGUAGAUGAAAGCUAUUUAGCUUGCUGGACUAUAUUUAUAACUUCCCUGUUAAUAUUAAUAAUUUAUGCAUAUAUACAUAUUCUGUGGAAAGCCCAUGUUCAUUCAACCUACAUGGAGAAACAAAAAGAAGGAAGGAAAGGACAUGACAAAAUGAGCCACACACGUAUGGACAUUAGACUUGCCAAAACAUUGGGUCUAAUAUUAAUAAUCCUGAUUGCUUGUUGGUCUCCAGUCUUGACUCUGAUGAUAUAUGAUGUAUUUGCCAAGGUAAACAAAGGCACCAAAAAGGUAUUUGCUUUUUGUAGUAUGCUGUGUUUGUUAAAUUCUACAGUGAAUCCCAUCAUUUAUGCCCUAAGAAGCAAAGAUAUGCGAACUGUAUUGUUAAAUAUCUUGUCACGGCAAAAGAGGCAGCUGCCAUCUCCGGAAGGCAGCAUAGAGUCAGAUGGACAUUUCAAAAACAACAACACAAUUGUGACCAUCUCCUCAUCAGCUGAGCAAUGCAACCUUGCCAAUUCAAAGAAUGGUCUCUGAAUGAUUCAAAUCAUCACCUGAAUAAUAAACAUUCAGGCUGAAAUAACUCCAUAGAGGCUGGUAUCCUGUCACCAAGUCACCCUUUAAUUACAUGUGCAUAGUACUUGACACUGGCUUCUUUAGAGC